AUUCAUUAAACCCUCCUCUCCUCUGUCUCUGAACCCCAAAAAUGAAAAAACCGAGCUUGCCUCCUUAACUCUCAUCAAAGCGUCAAAACCAGAGCAACAAACAACAGCCACAGCCACAGUUUUUGGUUUGUUUGUUUGCUUAGGCUUUAGCUGAGCUGAGCUAAUAAGUUAUCUCAGUAAUAAGUAAAUCAAUGGCUGAAGAGACUCGAACCCAGUGGAGUUUACAAUGCAGUCAGUACCUUGGAGAAAUCUCAGCCCUCUGUUUCCUCCACUUCCCAACCCACCUCUCUUCUCUCCCUUUUCUCCUCGCUGGUUCGGGUUCACAACUCAUGCUUUACGAUUUAGAAUCAGGAAAGAUGUUAAGGUCCUUUCACGUAUUCGAUGGGAUUCGCGUGCAUGGCAUUACUUGUUUAUUCAUUGAUUGUACGGAAGGAACUGUUUCCUCUAAGCUUGGCUUUCAACUUGCUGUCUUUGGUGAAAGGAGAGUCAAACUCUUUAACCUUGUCAUUGAAUUGUUUCUGGGUACUCAAAAUCAGUCCGAGGUUUCUGUGAAUUUGAACCUAUUGCAUUUGUUGCCCAAGUUUGGCAAUUGGGUUUUGGAUGUUUGUUUUAUGAAGGGCUUUGUGAGUUCUUACAAUGAGGGGAGCCAUUGUCUUGCAAUAGGGUGUAGUGACAACUCUGUCCAUGUGUGGGAUAUCUUGAAUUCUAUUGUGAUUCUUGAAGUUCAGUCUCCAGAGAGGUGCCUCCUUUAUUCCAUGAGGCUAUGGGGUGACAAUAUCGAAGCUCUCCGUAUUGCAUCUGGUACUAUUUUUAAUGAGAUUCUUGUUUGGAAGGUGGUUCCUAAGUAUAAUGCUCCAUCUUUGAAGAGUCCUGUGGAAGACCAUAUUGAUCAGAGCUAUCCAUUUUCCAACCAUGUCCUAUUUCAUUAUCAGCAGUUUGAAGCUGUUCAUAUGGAUAAACUUGCUGGACAUGAAGGAUCAAUCUUCCGCAUAACCUGGUCCUCUGAUGGUUCCAAUCUGGUAUCUGUCUCUGAUGAUCGUAGUGCUCGUGUUUGGGCGGUUCAUGCUGAAAGAAAUGGUUCUGACAAGCCUGGGUAUUCUAUUGUGCCUGAACUUGAUGGUGUUGUGCUGUUUGGUCACAAUGCUAGAGUUUGGGAUUGCUGUAUUAGUGAUUCUUUAAUUGUCACUGCGGGUGAGGAUUGCACAUCUCGCAUGUGGGGAUUGGAUGGAAAGCAGCUUCUGAUGAUCAAGGAGCAUAUAGGAAGGGGCAUUUGGCGUUGUUUGUAUGAUGCGAACUCUUCGCUUCUCAUUACUGCUGGAUUUGAUUCUGCAAUUAAAGUGCAUCAGCUGCAUGGUUUUUGGUCUAAGGGCUCAGAUGGACGUGCUGAGGUAAAAGAGUUUAUUGACAGAACAGAGAUAUUCACUGCUCGUAUCCCUGCUUCAUCAGAGCAUAAUGGACUAAUGGACAGCAAAAGUGAAUAUGUCCGUUGUUUACAUUUCACAUGUGAAGAUUCCCUUUAUGUUGCCACGAAUCAGGGUUAUCUUUACCAUGCUAAAUUAUCCAAAACCAGGGAUGUAAAAUGGACUGAACUUGUCCAAGUCAGUAACGAGGUUCCUAUUGUAUGUAUGGAUAUUUUAUCCCUAAAAUCAUCUGAGCUUUCUGGUGGUGUUGAGGAUUGGCUUGCUGUGGGAGAUGGUAAAGGAUACAUGACAAUUGUCAAAGUUCUUAGUGAUGUUUCUGCUCCUAAAGUGAGCCUCACAUUUAGCUGGCAAGCUGGAAUGGAGAGACAGCUCUUAGGAACUUAUUGGUGCAAGUCAUUGGGAUAUAGGUACAUCUUCACCACUGAUCCUAAAGGAACGUUGAAGCUGUGGGGGUUAUACGAUCCUUCACCAUCAGUUUCUCACAGCUCUGCAGGGCAUUAUAAUGUGUCUCUAAUUGGGGAAUUUGCAUCAUGUUUUGGAAUAAGAAUAUUGUGUUUGGAUGCAUCUUUUGAGGAAGAGGUUCUGGUGUGUGGGGACUUACGUGGUAAUUUGGUGCUAUUCCCAUUGUUGAAAAGCCUAUUGCUGAAUACAUUGGUUGCCUCAGAAGAGAAGAUGUCCCCAAUAAAUUAUUUUAAGGGAGUACAUGGGAUAUCAAGUGUGUCCAGUGUUUCAUUUGCUAGAUUAAGCUCCAAUCAGAUUGAAAUAUGUUCGACUGGAGGAGAUGGGUGCAUAUGCUAUUUGGAAUAUGACAGAGAUCAGAAACACUUGGAAUUUAUAGGGAUGAAACAAGUGAAAGAAUUGAGUUUGAUUCAAUCUGUAUCUGAAGAUAAUGACUCUGUUGAUGAUGUGGCAAGUGGUCGCUAUGCAGCUGGUUUUGCAUCAGUAGAUUUUAUAAUAUGGAACUUGAUAACUGAGACAAAGGUUGUGCAAAUACCAUGUGGUGGAUGGCGGCGUCCUCAUUCUUAUUAUCUUGGUGAUGUACCAGAGAUGAAGAACUGCUUUGCAUAUGUCAAGGAUGAAAUGAUCUAUAUUCAUAGAAAUUGGAUACUUGAUGGGGAGGGGAAAAUAAUCCCCAGGAAUUUGCAUGUGCAAUUCCAUGGGAGAGAGAUGCAUUCCUUAUGCUUUGUAUCUGAAAAUUUGCAACUCAGAGCUAAUGGGAAGCACAACCUUUAUUCUAGAUUUAGUUGGAUUGCAACUGGCUGUGAAGAUGGAACCGUCAGGUUGACUAGGUAUACACCAGGUGUUGAGAAUUGGUCUGCAUCAAAAUUGCUUGGGGAGCAUGUUAGUGGAUCAGCUGUAAGAUCAAUAUGCUGUGUGUCAGAGAUACAUGUAUUUGCAUCAGAAGCGAACACCAUAUCCGAUGGGAGGAACAGACAAGUCGUUGACACGGAUAAUGGAGAGAAUCCAUUUUUACUGAUUUCAGUUGGUGCAAAGCGGGUCUUGACUUCUUGGCUACUAAGAAAUAGGAGGUCAGACAAGGAAGAAGCACUUGCUGAUCAGCAAUAUAGUGAAAUUGGAAGUAGCAAUAAGCCUUCAUCAGGAGUGUCCUCAUCAAUGUCAUUUCAGUGGCUUUCUACUGACAUGCCAGCCAAGUAUUCAAGCUCUCAUAAAUAUCCAGAAGACGCUGAAAAAUUAGUUGGUGCAGCAGAAAAUGUUUCUAGUACAAAAGUUGAUGCAACAUCACAUUUUCAAGGGAAGGGGAAGAUGGACAUAAAGCCUUGCCUUGGAGAUAAAUAUGAAGAUGAUUGGAGAUACAUGGCUGUCACUGCUUUUCUUGUUAAAUAUGCUGGUUCCAGGUUAACUGUCUGCUUUGUUGUUGUUGCUUGUUCAGAUGCAACACUUGCGCUAAGGGCUCUAAUCUUGCCCUAUCGUUUAUGGUUUGAUGUUGCUCUGUUGGCUCCUCUAUCAUCACCAGUUUUGGCAUUGCAGCAUGUCAUUGUCCCAAUAUGUCUUCCUUCUGAAGAAAGCAUUCAGAAAGGAAAAGUGUAUAUUGUGAUUAGUGGAGCUACUGAUGGUAGUAUUGCCUUCUGGGAUUUGACUGGGAGUAUUGAAGCUUUUAUGCAGCGGGUGUCAACUCUUCAUGUAGAAAAGUUCAUUGAUUGUCAGAAACGGCCACGCACAGGGAGGGGAAGUCAGGGGGGGCGAUGGUGGAGAUCAUUAAGCAGUAGUCUAUCUAAGAGAAGAGUAGGCAGUGGUUUAGUUACAACGAAAGGUGGAGACGGAACAAAUCACAAUAAGCUAAACCAUGUUGCAAGUAGAACAGAAUUGCUAAUAAAUGAUUCUGAAAGUAGUGCUGCAGCUUGUUCUCAAGCCACUACCUCCCUUCAGUUAGAAGUGAAUACAGAUGACUCCUCAUCUGAGACAUGUGAAAUAAGGCCUUCGCAUGUUCUAAAUAAUGUUCACCAUGAUUCUGAAAGUAGUGCUCCAGCUUGUUCUCAAGCCACUGCUUCCCUUCAGUCAGAAGUGAAUACAGAUGACUCCUCAUCUGAGAUAUAUGAAAUAAGGCCUUUACAUGUUCUAAAUAAUGUUCACCUAUCUGGUGUUAAUUGUCUUCAUGUUUCAGAUAUAAAAGAUUGUCAAAGUUCUCUCGGUGGUUUUUUGUUCAAUAUAAUAAGUGGGGGUGAUGAUCAAGCUCUUAACUAUCUUAGAUUUGAAUUGUUUCUAUUAGCAACAGUCACAGAUGAUGAGUUUGUGACACCAGACAUCAGAAAUUCAAUUAGUGGACCUGAAAUUACAAGGCCUUUUGUUACUUAUGGAGAAAACCAGAACAAGAAUUAUGCCAUCAAAUUCUUAUAUCAUGAGAAAAUUGCAUCAGCUCACAGCUCUGCCGUAAAAGGUGUUUGGACGGAUGGCUGUUGGGUGUUCUCUACUGGUCUUGAUCAGCGUGUCAGAUGCUGGAGUUUAGAAAAACACGGAAAAUUAACUGAGCAUGGUUGUUUAGUCAUUAGUGUGCCAGAGCCAGAAGCAUUGGAUGCUAGAGCCUGUGGCAGAAACAAUUAUCAGAUUGCUGUUGCUGGAAGAGGGAUGCAGAUUGUUGAGUUUUCUGGAAUCUGUGAAAUGGACCGGGGAGAAUGAAGUUUUUCAUGAUUUUUUUGCCAGUUUACAUGAAAUUUUUUGACAUGAGGUUCAUUACUGCAAUCGUUUCAGCAUCACCUUGUUACUGCAAAUGAUUUAUCACUCUCGCCAAUGGUCUGACAACCUAUUGUAAGAAGGGUCCUCAAUAGCCAUUUUGGUCAACCAUAGUUCAUGUAGGUCGACUUGCAAGUAUGAGAUCUGCAGCUGAGAUUAAGUACAGUUUCCUGCCCCUUAAGAAACCAUUUUUUUGGUUGUAAGUGACCGGCUCAGCUAGGAAGCAACAAGGCCUCACUUCCUAGGAAAGGCAAUAACCACCUCAAUUAUGUAUUGGGUUAUCAAUUUUAGGAUACCAGGUUAAGUUGUGCAAAUCUGAGCUGUGUAGCUCUGUAACAGUAACUUGUACAAUUUUGGAUAAUUAAAUUUGAUUAAUUGAUUACAUAUUUGUCCAA